AACCCUCUGGAAAACUCCAAUAUAGAGGAGACAAGAAAUAUAAAUAAUUGUAAUGUAACAUUAUCUAUAAUAGAGGCCCAGUGCAGAGCCAGCGCGCACAGAUGAGCCUCGCAGAGGUGGAAGGGUUGUGUCACAGUGCUCUGCGAUCACUUACACCAGCCGGACCUCAGAUCCUGACCCUGCCUGACUAUGCGCUGCUGCGCGACGAGGAUCGAUCAGGUGCUGCUACUUCUUCUCCUUUAUUUCUUCACGCCAUCUGCGCGUAACUACGCUUCUAAAAGGACUCGCUGGAGUGAAUAAAUCGACGAAUAUCCAGUGACGCCUCCAUAUACUGUUCUACCGGAAUGACAGCUUGUGGUUACUAGGAUGCAGCUUUCUGGAAGACAAUGCCUCAAGAAAGUGCAGGCACUCAACUAAAAGAACUGCGUGUUUGGAGGAAUAUUUGCGACUGUAAUAAACAGUGAAAUAAUGUUCACAGUCAAAGAGGAAGUACUGUUAUUCUGUAACAGAGGAGAUGAGAAAAGUUUUGGAAUUGUAAUUGACACGAGUCGUUCCUCAGUAUGUAACUCUUCAUGUUCUCUGUGAGAUGGAUAAGUAUGAGAAACUGGCUAAGAUCGGCGAGGGCUCAUACGGAGUGGUGUUCAAAUGCAGACACAGGGACACUGGUCAGAUAGUGGCCAUUAAAAAAUUUGUUGAGUCUGAGGAUGACCCGGUCAUCAAGAAGAUCGCACUAAGAGAAAUCCGCAUGCUGAAGCAGCUGAAGCAUGUGAAUCUGGUGAACUUGCUUGAGGUCUUCAGGAGAAAGAGACGUCUUCAUCUAGUCUUUGAGUUCUGUGAGCAAACUGUUCUAAACGAACUGGACAAACACCCCAGAGGGGUUCCUGAGGCACAACUCAAGAGUAUUGUGUGGCAAACUCUACAGGCUGUGAACUUCUGUCACAAACACAAUUGUAUCCACCGGGAUGUCAAACCGGAGAACAUUCUUCUGACCAAGACCGGUGUGAUCAAACUAUGUGAUUUUGGCUUUGCUCGCAUCCUCACUGGUCCAGGUGAUGAUUAUACUGAUUAUGUGGCAACACGAUGGUACCGGGCCCCAGAGCUCUUGGUCGGAGAUACUCAGUACGGUCCCCCAGUGGAUGUCUGGGCCCUCGGUUGUGUCUUUGCUGAGCUGCUUUCUGGAAAUCCUCUUUGGCCGGGAUGUUCUGACGUGGAUCAGCUGCACCUCAUUCGACAAACACUAGGUGACUUGAUCCCAAGGCAUCAGCAGGUGUUCCGCUCCAAUGUCUUCUUUAGUGGAGUCAGCAUCCCUGAGCCUGAUACCAUGGAGCCUCUAGAGAAGAGGUUCCAUGGGGUUUAUCCUCAUGCUAUUACUGUGAUGAAGUCCUGUCUAGUAAUGGAUCCAUCUGGCAGGUUGUCAUGUGAAGAGCUUUUAGAGCUGCCAUACUUCCAAGAGGAUGGGGGAACGGGAUGGGGCAGAGAAACUGAUCGUCUCCCAAGACGCUAUGAGAAAGGCACGAGACGCAGAGCUCCCGCGCCUCAAUACUUUCCCCAGCUGACCAAUAGUAACAUCUCACCAGCACCUGAAAUGAAGAAUAAAAACCGACACAAACAUGACCAUCAUCUACCCAACAUCUGACCUCGGGACUGGUGCAAAUGUGUUUGGUAGGGAAGAUGAUGCAUUUACUGCAAACAACAGACUGACACUGUAAUAUUAGUAAUAUUACUGAAGUAGACCUAUUUUAACACAAUGUAUUCAAUCUAUUAAAAGUUGAUAGAUAGUCCUGAAAUCUGAUAUUCUGCGUAUACAAUAGUGCAAAAAGUUCAAUAGUGUAAAAAAAUGGUUAGAGUAUUUGAGUAUUAGACAUUUGACAAAAAAUCAUCUACUGUAUGUCUGUUGAGGAAAGUGGUAGUAUGCUUUACACCACUUGUUUAAACAAUGGCUCAGACGAUAUCUACCCAUUUUUGUUUGCAGAUUCCACUGAUUUUAUAUUUUAGCUAAUGCAGUGACAUUCAGAUGUUAAGUUUGAUUUGAGCGUCUAAAUGUCUUUUUGUAGCCACUGUAUAGGCAAGAGUUGGAAGAUAAAAUUAGGUACACAUUGGACAGAAAGAGCUACAGGUAUGAUAAACUUGACAGUAGGAAUGAAUAAUUGUCCAUAUGCUUUGAUGUAUCAGAUAGUAUCAGUUCUGUGUGCCAUUAAGAAAAUAAUAUAUCUGCACUGUUUUAGUGUUAUGGAUAAAUAAAUGUUUUUUGUUUGUU